AUAAAAGCUCAAGGGAUGGACAAGAAUAAAAUCCAUGCAUGGCCUAAGAGCACGACGCAUCGUGUGGACCAAUCGAAACACUCGCGUUCGGAACGGAUGCAGUGCAACAUGGCCGCUGAGACCGUGUGCAUUACCCUGCAACAAACAAAGCCCAUAAAAAUCUUAAAAUGGAAAGUGAGGAGGAAUCAAACAAUACCCAUGGGUCGUGUUAUACUCCUGUAUGAUUUUGAUGGGGCAGAGAAACCCGAACAACGUAAAUUAAAGUCGUCCAAGGCUGGAACAGUUCGCAAGAUUUUGAUACAGGAAGGCGUCAUCGUUCAGCCGGGGGAGACUUUGUUGGAAUUAGCGGCAUGUUGCCAUCCGACUAUUAUGAACGACAUGUGUGGCGAAUGCGGAGCCGAUUUAAGGAAGGCAGAUAUUGGUGCCACUGCCUCUGUACCGAUGGUACAUGCUAUACCAGAUUUGAAAGUCAGUGAAGAGUUGGCACAGAAGAUUGGAAAGGCUGACAAUGAAAGAUUGAUCAAAGAGCGUAAGCUUGUACUUCUAGUUGAUUUAGAUCAGACAUUGAUUCACACCACCAACGACAAUAUACCUCCUAACAUUAAGGAUGUGUACCAUUUCCAAUUGUAUGGGCCAAACUCAGUUUGGUAUCAUACAAGAUUCCGACCUGGUACAAUGAAGUUUCUAAAAACAAUUUCUGAAUUCUUUGAGUUACAUAUUUGCACAUUUGGAGCUAGGAACUAUGCACACAUGAUUGCAUUAUUCCUUGAUAAAGACCAGACAUUCUUCUCUAAUAGAAUAUUAUCAAGGGAUGAGUGCUUUGAUCCAACCAGCAAAAAGGCUAAUCUCAAGGCUCUGUUUCCUUGUGGCGACAACAUGGUUUGCAUUAUUGAUGACCGCGAAGAUGUAUGGUCACACGCCUCAAAUUUGAUCCACGUCAAGCCAUACCAUUUCUUUCAACACACUGGAGAUAUCAAUGCGCCACCUGGUUUGGAUAAACAUGAAAAUGACGUUAAACCGAGGGGUGUCGAGCUUCACAAACCAAUGAUCAAAGUUAGAUCAAAGAAUGAGGCAAAGAAAGAUGCCAAGAAGGAAACGAUGUUAAAUGGUUGUAUAGAACAGACGAAGAAACACAGUAGUGACGCGAAUAAAGAUGUAAAUGGCGUUGUUAACAAUGAAGAUAGUAAAACUAAAAGUUCAGAUGACAAGAAGGAGGCAGAUAUUGAAAAGUCUGAUGUACAAGAAACCACUGAACAGAAUACAGACGUUAAAAAGGCAGAAAAAGAAGCUGCAAAUGUUGAACCAAAAGAAGAAGAUGAUAAUAAAAAAGUGACAGAAAAACCUGAUACUGAAAUAGUGGAUAAAUCUACAAAGGAAACGGAAAAAUCCGAAAACGAAUGUGAUGAGGCAGUGGAGUCAGGUGAUAGUGAAUGUGUAAAGGAGAAAAAGGUCGCGAAGAAGGAAGACGACUUAAUAGAACUGGAAGAUCCAGAUGACUACCUGAUUUAUUUAGAAGACGUAUUGAAGCGAAUUCACACAGCGUUUUAUGAGGAAUUUGAUAAAUUAGAAUCUGGAGACGUUCCAGAUUUGAAGAAAGUGAUACCACGUGUUCGCAAUAAGGUAUUAAAAGGAACAAAAUUGGUCUUCAGUGGAUUAGUUCCGACUCACAUUAAACUGGAACAAUCAAAGGCUUAUCAAGUUGCCAGAAGUCUUGGAGCUGAGGUGUCACAGGACUUGGAUAAUAAUACUACCCACUUGGUGGCAGUCAGACCGGGAACAGCCAAAGUUAACGCCGGCAAACGCAAGAAAAAGUUGAAGAUCGUCACUCCGGAUUGGUUGUGGUGCUGCGCUGAGCGAUGGGAACACGUUGAUGAAAGAAAUUUCCCAUUGAAUAAUAAAGGCUCAAAAAACCGACAUCCUCCGCCUCAUUGCAGCAGCCCAGAGCACAUACCAAAUUAUCCAGAGCAUAAUACUCCAGGUACCAGGAAAAGGACUGCUAGUGGGAGGUUUAUGGACAGCAUAAAUCCAUUAAUGACCUUCUCCAAAGAUGACAUUGCUGAUAUGGGAAAAGAGGUUGAUGAAGACUUAUCCGGUGAUAGCAGUUCAAGCGAAGACAACGACGAAAUGAAGGUAGUCAAGGCAAAAGUUUUACGUGCCUCCAGACAGGACGACGAGUCCGACUCCAGCAGCAGCAGUGAAGAAUCGUUGACGGGGGAGUUCCCCAGAGGCCACAAACGGAAACGGUCCAAUGUGGAGGAGGAGAACAAUAGAUUGGACGAGGUAAACAACAGCACCGAAGAUGAUGAGUCGCCCGUCGUCAAAUUCCGGCGAGGGGAGAAGUUGGACAGCGACCUGGAGAUAAGUCAAGACGAGUCGCAGGGCAGUGUGGACAGCGAUGAUCCGCCGGACGACGACGGAGACGACAGGGAAUGGAACAUGAUGGGGGCCGCUCUGGAGAGGGAGUUUUUAUCUGACUGUUGAACGGGAGAUUGGGGUGUAACCGCAUGCACUGUUAAUUUUUAUUGAAAUAGGUUUUUUUUAUUGCUCUAAGACCUUGAAUAUUCCUUUGUUGUGUUUUAUUUGUAUAUAUUUGUUGUAGGUUUAUUUGUUUUAUAUAUACAACUGAAAUUUUUGUUUACUUUUCACCUGAUAUAGUAAUAAAUUAUAGUACAACUGAACAAAAUGUCUAAUCCGUAAAGCUUAGAUCUCAUAUAUUGUUGAAAGUGGAGUAUUUUUAUAAAGAAACGCGAGCGUAAGAGUGGUAAUGAGUAAUUUACAAAUCAUUGUAAAAAAAUUGCAAUAACCAGUAGUUAAUAAUUAUUAUAUAAGGUUUUUGCAAUGUUUUUUUGCUGCAUAAAUGUAAAUAAUUAGAUGUGCACACUUCUAAACAUGUUUCAAAAGUAGUAAUUGUUAACUAUAAUUUUAAAGUAGCUUUAUACAUUGGUUAAUGAGUUGUAAAGCUAGGAUAGGUAAUUGAGGGUCUGAGAGAAUUUCAAUAUAUUGAAAUUACCUUGAACUCCUAAUUUGUUACAAGUCUACCUCAUGGACAUCUGUACUUUUUACUUAAUUAUUCAUUUUCCAUUCUUUGAUAUAUGUGUAAUUUAUUGCUCUUAAAUCUAUGUGAAAGUUUAACUUGUAUAAUAAAGUGACUGUUGCUAUUAAUAA